GUUUCAUGUGGCGAGUGCCGCCCGUCUCCUCCAGCUGAGCGAGCGAGGGAGCGGCAGACGGGCCCGCCGGGGCGAGGCGGAGGAGGGGGAAAGGCAGGAAGAGAGCGGUGAUCGGGGCACAGUAGGAGCGGGAGAACCAUGUCCGGGCGGCCCAGGACCACCUCCUUCGCGGAGAGCUGCAAGCCGGUGCAGCAGCCCUCGGCCUUCGGCAGCAUGAAAGUUAGCCGAGACAAAGAUGGCAGCAAAGUGACUACAGUAGUGGCAACGCCUGGACAAGGUCCGGACCGACCACAAGAAGUUAGCUACACAGACACCAAGGUUAUCGGAAAUGGAUCUUUUGGUGUUGUGUAUCAAGCCAAACUCUGUGAUUCAGGAGAGCUUGUGGCCAUUAAGAAAGUCCUGCAGGAUAAAAGAUUUAAGAACAGAGAGCUCCAGAUUAUGAGAAAGUUGGAUCAUUGUAACAUUGUCCGAUUGCGUUAUUUCUUCUACUCCAGUGGAGAGAAGAAAGAUGAGGUGUACCUCAACCUGGUGCUGGACUAUGUUCCUGAAACAGUAUACAGAGUUGCCAGACAUUAUAGUCGGGCCAAACAGACACUCCCUAUGAUUUAUGUCAAGUUAUACAUGUAUCAGCUGUUCCGGAGUUUAGCCUAUAUCCACUCCUUUGGGAUCUGCCACCGGGAUAUAAAACCACAGAACCUCUUGCUGGACCCUGAUACAGCUGUUCUAAAACUCUGCGACUUCGGAAGUGCAAAACAGCUGGUUCGUGGAGAACCUAAUGUCUCAUACAUCUGCUCUCGGUACUACAGGGCACCAGAGUUGAUCUUUGGAGCCACCGAUUAUACCUCCAGUAUAGAUGUGUGGUCAGCAGGCUGUGUAUUGGCUGAACUGUUACUAGGACAACCAAUCUUUCCAGGUGACAGUGGUGUGGAUCAGUUGGUGGAAAUAAUCAAGGUUCUGGGAACGCCUACAAGGGAGCAAAUUAGAGAAAUGAAUCCGAACUAUACUGAAUUCAAAUUCCCUCAGAUUAAGGCACAUCCAUGGACUAAGGACUCGUCAGGAACAGGACAUUUCACCUCAGGAGUACGGGUCUUCCGGCCCCGCACUCCACCAGAAGCAAUCGCGCUAUGUAGCCGUCUGUUGGAGUACACCCCCACUGCCCGCCUGACUCCCCUGGAGGCCUGUGCGCACUCUUUCUUCGAUGAACUACGGGACCCAAAUGUCAAGUUACCAAAUGGGCGAGAGAAACCUGCACUCUUCAAUUUCACCACUCAAGAACUGUCAAGUAACCCAUCUCUGGCUUCGAUCCUCAUCCCUGCUCAUGCCCGGAACCAAGCAGCUGCUUCAGCCCCUACAAACGCUACAGCGGCCUCAGAUGUUAACGCAGGAGAACGAGUUCAGACCAAUAGCGUAGCUACAGCAUCAGCCUCCAACUCCACCUGAACCAGUCCCAAGCAGCCAGCUGCACAGGAAAAAUCACCAGUAAAUUUGAGUCUUGCUCAGCAACACUGGUCUCAUUUGGAAAGAAAAUUAAAAAGAGGAGAGAAAAAAAAACAAAAAAACCCAAAAAAAAGGAAAGAAAACAUAAAAAAAAAGGAAAAAACCAACCAACCAAGCAACCUGUUCAUUUUAGUGUUCAAUUUUUUAUUAUUAUUAUUGUUGUUCUUAUUUAACCUUGUAAAAUAUCUAUAAAUACAAACCAGUUUCAUUGUAUUCUCACUCUGCAGGGUGUCCGGGGCAGGGGACUAGGUGGGGGGGAGGAGGGAAAGCGGAGCAAUACAACACACCAAUGUCUCUCCCCUCGACAAUCUCUUCAUGUUGGAAGUUUGCUGUUGUGUACUUCAGAACCAGGACUCUUGCCUCAUGCCCUCUCCCACAACAGAAAGAAGGAGGAACAAAAAACACAAAAAAGGAAAAAAAGAAAAACCAAAACUAAAAAAAAAAAACCCAAACCUCAU